AUGAUGGAUAAUGUUUCAAUAAUUACUAUGUUUACUCUGUCAGGAUUAAAUGGGACAUCAAACUACAGAAUCACUCUCUUUGCUCUCACUCUGUUGUGCUACUGUGUGAUUUUGCUGGUAAAUUUAACUAUUAUUUUAACAAUUAUUGUGGACAGAAAACUUCAUGAGCCUAUGUAUAUAUUCUUGUGUAAUCUGUGUAUUAAUGGACUUUAUGGAACAGCAGGCUUUUACCCCAAAUUCCUCAUGGAUCUUCUGUCUACCACUCAUGUCAUCUCUUAUGCUGGAUGCCUUCUGCAGGGUUUUGUGUUGCACUCUUCCGCUAGUGCUGACUUCUCUUUUCUAGCUGUGAUGGCCUAUGACAGAUAUGUGGCUAUAUGUCGUCCUCUGGUGUACCACUCUGUGAUGAAUAAGCAGAGAGUGUGUGUGUUUGUGUUUUUUGCUUGGCUUGUUCCGUGUUACCUGUUGUUCAUGAGCACAAUAACAACAUCACUGCCGAGGUUAUGUGGCUCACACAUACCGAAGAUUUACUGUGUUAAUUUCUUAGUUUCUAAACUAGCUUGUUCUGCCUCCAUAGCAAGCAUUAUUAUUCCAGCUUUUAAUUAUACUUUUUAUUUUGGCCAUUGUAUGUUUGUUGCCUGGUCUUAUAUAUAUCUGAUCAAAACAUGCACAACAUCCAGAGAGAACAGGAGUAAAUUUAUGCAGACAUGUGUGCCACAUUUAUUCGCUUUAACAGUUGUUGUUGCAUCUUUGCUUUUUGAUUUGUUGUACAUGCGAUUUGGCUCAGAGGAGUUAUCACAAAGUGUCCGUAAUUUUAUGGCUAUGGAAUUUCUCAUUGUUCCUCCAAUUAUCAAUCCUUUGAUAUAUGGUUUCAAAUUGACACAAAUUAGAAACCGAAUUCAAAGUUUUAUGUGCAGGAAAAGUUCAGUUAUUAGACUGAAGUCAUGA